AUGGUCACCAUGCAAACUCCCAUGAAAUCAGAUGCUGGUAUUCGUGUUGCCAUAGAACAAGAAACUGAUAUUCACCAUACUAUCUUAACGGUUGUGCAGCGCAGAAAAGUUUUGUCCCAACUUUUAGUCACGGAGUGCAUAGAGUCACCGCCCUAUUGUGGAAGUUGCAUUUAUGGCUUGACUUGUCCAGAGGCGUACGAGCGCCGCUUCCCCACGUGCCCGCAGAUUCCGGUGUUCGUGGGCUGCGAGGUGCUGGCGGACGAGACGUCCGAAGACGGCGCCCACCACAAAAAGGAGCGCCGCUGCAAGCUGCUCGUCGAGGCGCCCUACCUGCUCAAGAAGAUUAUUGGUGUUGAUUUUGUGUAUUUUAUUCAAAAGAACUGCUUGGACCGAAGACAAAGAGUACUUCAUAUAGAAGCUUACAAUGAAACAUUUUCAAGUAGAGUGGAAGUAAUGGAACGAUGCAAAUACUUUGUGCAUCCUGAGAAUUCAGAAUGGACUUGCUUUGAACAAUCUGCAAGUUUAGAUAUAAAAUCCUUUUUUGGAUUUGAGAAUUCCAUGGAAAAAUUGGCUAUGAAACAGUACACACAAAACAUUUCAAAGGGCAAAGAAAUUAUUGAACAUUUUAUCAAUGAACUGAAGGUUGAAGGCAUAACUGACGUUCCCCGUUGGGAAGAACCUGAAGAGAUCAUUUGUGAAGAAGAGGAAAACGAAGAAGAACAAGAAGACGAUCAGAGGACAAUAAACUGCUCUGCAGAUUUUGCUCUUGGUGCGUCAGCAUCUAAUCUCAACUCCUCUUCCAUGUCAGGAAAACAAGCAAAUGCUGGUUUCCAACUAGAUAGUGAAUACAUCCAGAGGUAUCUUGGAGAGUUGAGCUUGGUCCAAGAGUCAUGCCUUGUGCAGCUACGCAAAUGGGUUGCUGACUUGCAGAAGGGGAAGGUUUUAAGUGAUUCUACCCUCCUAAGAUUUCUCCGAGCCCGUGACUUCAAUGUGGAGAAAGCACGUGAAAUGCUCUCUGCAUCACUUCUUUGGCGAAAGAAACAUCAAGUGGAUAAAAUUCUGUCUGAGUAUCAGACUCCUUCUGUUGUGCGCGACUACUUCCCUGGUGGAUGGCACCACCACGAUAAAGAUGGGCGACCUCUCUACUUGCUUCGCCUAGGUCAAAUGGAUGUGAAAGGAUUAUACAAAGCAAUAGGAGAAGAAGGACUGUUGCAAUUAACACUACAUGUAUGUGAAGAAGGACUGCAAUUAAUGGAUGAAGCAACUCGUAUUCAAGGGCAUCCUGUGAGUACUUGGUCCAUGUUGGUUGACUUGGAAGGAUUGAACAUGCGCCACUUAUGGAGACCUGGGGUCAGGGCUCUUCUUCGCAUAAUUGAAAUUGUGGAGGCCAACUAUCCAGAAACAAUGGGUCGUGUACUAAUCAUUCGUGCCCCUCGAGUAUUUCCAAUUUUAUGGACGUUAGUUAGCACAUUCAUUCAUGAGAACACACGAAGUAAAUUUUUCUUCUAUGGAGGAAAUGACUAUCAGGGCCCUGGGGGCUUGGUAGAUUACAUUCCUGAAGACUUUGUUCCAGACUUUUUAGGAGGGCCUUGCAGGACAAUGGUACAAGAAGGGGGCUUGGUGCCCAAGUCUUUGUACAUGACAGAAAGUGAACUGGAGAAGGAGGGUUGUCCACUUACUGAAGACAGCAUCUAUCACUCAAUCAGUCUCGGCAAAGGCCAGGUACAUGAAGUAUUGAUUACCAAUGAUGACCCUGGAAGUGUCAUCACCUGGGACUUUGAUGUAAUGCGCCAAGAUAUCAUGUUUACUGUAUAUAGAACUCACAUGCCAAUAACUCAUCACAGUUCAUCAGGCCCUCUUCAAGCGUUUCAACAAAUGAACCCCUUGGCGCUGGACCCAGAACACCGGUCUGCAUUGGACAAAAACUGGAAGGAAGGAAAGGAAUACUUUCGGGUGGAAAUUCCCAUUAUUUGCCAUGAUGGUGAAAGUGUCCAGGGAUCACAUGUUACAAGUCAUGUGGGAACAUAUGUUCUUCAAUGGAAAUUUCAUUGUUCACAUCAAUUGGACCUGUUGGAUACAUUUACAGCACCCAAAGCACAGGUCAUGUAUUAUCAUGAGAAACUUCGUUCAGCAGAUUACAGAGGGUCCAUGUCCAGCCUGCAGUCUGGCCACAGUGGUUUCUCAGCAUUGAGUACUCGGUCGGUAACCAGCUCCUGCCCUUCCAGAUGAUGCAUUGCAAAUCAUCUCAGCGCUGCAAACCCUUCAGUUUCCUGACAUCAUCCUUCACCCAGCCUACCAAGCAUCAGUUCUGUAGGCGAACCAUCACAUUAAGGACAAAAAUGCUGAUUAUCUCCCUGAGAAACAGCAUCCAUUUUGGUAUUAGUAAUAACAUUUGAAAACCUCACAUUAUUUAAUAUUGCUAGAAGAUAUCAAUUGGCAUUGGCAGCAAAAAUCUGAUAGCCUUUUAAUUUAUGUAUGUUCUUUAUUAAAUGUUUGGAAAGCUUGUUUUUGGUAAACAAUACUUCCACAACUUGAGAUGACAAGUGUAAUUGUCUUUUGAAGUAGUUGAAACUUUCACAUUGAUUUUAAUGAACAAUUAAAAAGCAUUGUUUGCAAAUAUAUGAACAACUCAGAUAAAGAAUUAGAAUCUUUCUCUUCAACUUUAGAAAGGUAAAAACCUCCACCACUUACUGAAAUAACAGUUUUUUAAUGGAAGCAGAGAUGAAAAGUGUAAAGAAUGCAACAGUAAUACUAUUUUUAUAUUCAUGGAUUAUGUUGUGAAGUUAAGAAAAUCAUUUUAUAUCAUUAUGAAAAAGCAUAAUUUUCAAAUUUUUAUUUGUCAUAUUUCAUGAUGUAAUUUAGUGUGAAAUGGAAAACUAAAUAUCUUAUUACUCUAAAAUGUUUUCAGAAGAGAUUGUGACAUGCUGAAGACUCAUUUUAUUGAUCUUUAAAUUAGACAAAGCCUGUAGUCUUUAGCAUAGUUGUUAGCAAUAAGUAAAUAUUUGUGAUAGGUUUUAGUGUUGUACAAAGCUUUGAGGGAGACUUCUAUCAGAGUCUAAACUAAUCCCUUAAGUGUCCAGAGUCUCAAUUGUACUUUGAAAUUUGUGCAAAAAGAAAAGAAAAGAAAAAGAGGUCCAAACUAUUAGUUUCAGUCAAUAUUUUCAAUGUGACAUAAAUUUAGAAAAAUCCUGAGAAAACUACUGUAGAAACUUUCUAGACAGUAGCUUCUUAUGCAAAUAUUUCCAUUAUCAGUAAGUGAUGAUCAAGUGUUAGAUACCUCCUUCCGCCAUCCUGAAUCAUAUCAAAAUUCUCAGAUAAUAAUAAAUGAAGUGUUCCUGUGUUUCAUUUGUACCUGGAACAUAUGAAUGAGCACUGGUUUCGGUUUGACCGUUCAGAAAAAUUUAAGGUAGAGGGAACAAAAUAAAUAGGUGAAAGCAUAAAUUACGAUGUUCAAAUGGAACAUGGAAUUGAUAAAGAAACAGCUUCCAAAGAUAAUAUAUAAAAUACAUCUGUUUCACUAGAUAUUAAGGAAUUUCAAUCGGAAACAUUUAAUCCUAGUCCUCAAAAGUGUGGCAUGUUCAUUGUAUUUUUAGAAAAAAAUGCAUGGUGGUUUUACUAUUGUGGUAGAUAGUAAAUAUUGAGAAGCGAAAUAUUUGAUGUGAUGACUAUGACAGUCUUCUUGCAGGCUCAAGGAGAUAAGAUAUAUAUUUUCUGAUUGUUUUAAUGUAGGGAAGUGGUGUAUUUUUUAGGAAAGUGCAACUGAGUUAAAGUAGUUGUUUAGAAUGAAUGUAGAAAAUGAGAUGCUUUGAUUUUAUUAGUUUUAAAUGUUUGGAUGUAUUGUGAAUUGGUAAGAAUGUACUUGCACUCAAACAAAUCUAAGGUUGUAUACAUGUGAAGUAAUAUUCUUGGGAAUUGUACUCGGUAUGUAUUGUCUUAAGCUAAUUUUGAUACCCACACAAUUGAUAACAAAGUGAGGCAACAAAUUUUAACUAACUAUAUUACAUAUGUUUCGUAUGAUAAAAAAUCUCUUUAUUUAGAAUAAUUAUUUUUGUACCCAAAAUGGGAAACACAAAAGCAAUUUGCUUGUUUGAGAGAUAGGCAUGUACAUUUUGAGUUGUUUUAGUCUUCUAUAACACUUAUCAAGAUACUUCCCCUAUAAAACACAUUUGUAAAUGUUUUCUAAACUAUGUCUGUAUGCAUACACUGUAAGUUUGUCAACAUUUAUUCUGAUUAUUAGAAUUUGGUGAGAUUGCCUAGUUGCAGUUAGAACAAUGAUUUGACAAUUAGAAAAUUGGCUUUUGAAAAACUGUAAUUUAUAUACCAUUUAAAUUUGUCCAGCGUACAAAAGAAGUGAGUUUGUCCUGUUUCAAGAAUCUUAGCAUAAGAACAUAUUAAAACAUCCCAGAUUCCUGUCUUAUUGACAAAACUGUAGAAGUUUCAAAUUUCACCAAUAAUUAAAUUUGUAACCUAUUUGCACUGAUGCAAGUGUAAAUAAUUUCAUUUCUGAGGGGAUUUGUAUCACUUCGUACAUCCAAAAGAAACUGAAUAUUACUAUAAGAUACAGUUGUAAAAUGUUAGUUUCUUUUCUCGCAACAUAGAAUUAUAGAAUGCUUUAAGUUGUAAUAGUUAACACUAUUUUAUGAAUGUACAUUACUUUAUACCCAAUUUGUAAGUUAUGUACUUGUUAAUUUUUAUAUUUAUUACAAAUAGAAGAGCCAUUCUUCUCCUUACUAAUUUUUUUUUUGUUUACUUCAUUGAAGAUGCUUUCCUGAUAAUUCCACUAGUCGUGCAAAAAAAGGUUUGUUCUCCUUUCAAAACAGCUCAGCCAACGUAACCAUAUCUACGAGGGCAUGACAAUCUUUUAGAGAUAUAAUUUUGUACUCCUUAUGAAAUUUUCUAAAUUAUGUUGUAUCAUAAGGAAGUCUAAAAAACGAUGUUAUGACAGGAUAUAAAACAUUAUAAAAAUACAGCCACCAGAGGGAAGACAACCAUCAAGAGUUAAGACUGAGUGCUGUGAUCCAGAGCGAUUGCCAGUACAAGCCACCUGUCGGAUUGAUUUACCAACCCUCGUGUAGAUAUGUGAAUAUUUUGUUUAUAUUAUACUCCUGUUUCAAGCUAGAUUGUAUCCCAAUUUGAAGCCAAAGACUGAGCAACUGGAUGUGAAUGCCACGAGAAAGGCUGUGUAGAAGUGUAUUACUGCUAACUGCAAGGCUUUGGUAAGAAAGUAACGUUUUCUGCACGUAAUUUUUAUAACGGGUUCCUCUUAUCACCUGUAUGCAAACAAGACCUAAAUGUACUCUGAUUAUGAAUAUUUCUAGCACAUGAUUCAGCUCUUAACAUAAAUUAUAAAGGAGGGCUGUGUGCAAUUGAAAUUAACAAGUUAACAUGCAUCAAAAAAAGCAUGUAUACAGAAACUAGUGGUUAAACAGUUCCACACAUAUCCCUUUUUCAAGGUAGUUAACCUUUAACUGGUAAGAUGGGGUCUUUGAGACCCUCUUGAUUGUUUUCUUUCUCAGAAGUUGCAUUAUCUUUGGAACUGAGACGAGCCGUCUCAGCUACCUUUAAGUUGAAUGGUGUGUUCAACCAGUGUUCAAAGGAAGAGGGAUAUCUCGUCGUCUUAGAUUGCCAGCUGAUUAUAUUUCUGGAAGGGUCUCUCAAACGCAUUGUAAUAGUUGCAUUAGUGUUUUCCAUCUCGGUGAUUCCUGAACUGUCCAAGUUUCUGCGUUGCUUUAGAUACUAAUUUUUCUUCCGAAUUUGUGUGAAUUUGCAGCAUGUCAUUAAAUACACUUUUGACGGAAUUUGAUGACAUAGUUGUGGUCGCUUUUGUGAUGGAUCCAGUCCUUCAAAAGUCGUUAUUGGAAAUGAGAAUUUCAAGUAGUUGAAUGAUGUUUUACAUUAUAGUGAUUAAUGACUGUGAAAUUGAACUAGAUAUUAAACAAAAUGAUCUCUGGAAUGUUUUUUUUUAUAAGUAAAAAUACAAUUUCGCUUCAAUGUACUUAAUUCAGUGUGUUUAAAAUGGCAACUUGUCACUGAAAUAUCACAAGAUUAGAACUAGCCAAAUAAAGGUAGGUUCAUCUUUUUGAAAAAAAAUAGAAACCAUUAUGAAUUUAGAAUAGUUAUACUUUACUAUUAAUAAUUCCAUCCAGAGACAUUUGUCUAGAUAUUUUAUUGCAGAAUAGUCUUUAGGAAAAACAGCAUGAACAAACAGAUCAGAGGAUACUGUUUUGUUGACAUGCAAGGUACCUCCUAAAGAAAUGCAAACAUUACUAGGAAAUUGUUUUAGCCACAGAGAUAUAUUUCUAUGCACUGUUGACCCUGACAAACUUCAACACAAAAGAUGUCUUAUGACAUAAAAAUAUUAGUCCACAAUGUGAAGAUACUGUUUUCACAUGAGAACCUUGAGAAAACACACACUUAAUAAACUUUUAAGCUUCAGUUUCAAAUACUAAUUUAUUACAGAUCAGUGCAAGCUUCCAACACUGGAAAGUAGCCAGCAGAUACGAAAACUUGCUCAACUACAUUAUUUAUUUCAAUCUGGGUUCCACUAAAAGUUCUCAUCUGUGUGUGUGACAGUUUGUUAAUAUGACUACAAUAAUAUUUUUUGAGCUUAAAAUUAUGAAUGAUCAGGGUAUGUGAAAAAUAGUACUAGUAAUCAUCAUCUGACAAACAUUUUCCAAAUGAAUAUGUCUGAAUAGCUGUUCUAUUUCCUCACAAUGAACAUAAUUCACCCUCCAGAAAACAGAACACCCUCUACAAGAAGUAGAUAUUCUGCUUCACAGGGAAAAGCAAAUGAAAUGAUGUGCCUUCAUUCAUAAAGGGCAUGAGUGAAUCCCUUCACUGAAUCAUUUACUUGCAUUUAUCUCUACAGAUAAAUUUCAUCAAAAUUUUACUUCAGUUUAAAUUCACUCAGUCUCCUGUUCCUUCCUUUUACGUUUCUUUACUUUUGGCUGUGGAGCAUUAGGAUUGAUACCAUCAUAGAAUUGUUGCAAAAGUUUCAUUGCUCUUUUUUCCUGCACACCACUUAUUGUUGGGACAGGAUUUUCAUACAGGCUUGCUACAUCCAUCACUGUGCCACAACCUCCAAACCGGUCAUUAUGACAACCAUAAACAAUCUGCUCGAUCUUCAAGUUGUGAAGGGCUGCAGCACACAUUACACACGGCUCGACGGUCACGUAAACCCGAGUUUUACUAAAAACCGAUCGCCAAUCACGUUUGGUCUCCCUACACCAUUCCAUGACUUGGUCUAUGCAAUUAAUUUCUGCAUGUCUUGUUGGAUUGCGAGUCUCAUUCACGCUAUUUCUCCCUUCAGCAGUUAUUUUAUUAUCAUACACGAACACACAACCCACGGGCACUUCUCCUAGUUCUAACUCUUUAGAAGCCAAUUCGAAGGCCUUCUCCAUCCACUCCUCUAGCUUACUAUCCAUGACACACCUUGAACUUUUGUGAAUCUGAACUUGACAGCUGUUUUAACCACAAUCCCCACUAUCCUACCUCCAGUACCAACC